AUGUCGAGCUUCAUCGCAGUGUGCGUGACCUUCUUGGGCCUGACCCUCAUCAUCGUCAACGUCGUUGUCUUCCUGCAGAUGCUGCUCUCCUUCCCAGCCAUGUUGAGCAGCAACUCUCAGGCCUACGUCCAGCAGCAGAGGAAGCUGCACCAUAUCCCGUCAUCCCGGGAGGACCUUGACGGACGCUACGCCGACACAGCAGACGCCGAGGGUGCGGACGCCGAGGACGACCAGGAAUGGGAGAUGACGGCCAGGUGGGCCGACGAGGUGGAGGAGGUAGAGGUAGAGGAGGAGGAGGAGGAGGAGGAGGAGGAGGAGGAGGAGCAGUACCAGGCCGACGACUGCAGCUCCGAGGUCUGCGUCACACCCAGGGUGGUGGUGACCGCACCGAGGAGGUCAGACUCGAUGACGCGAGGCCGUCCCCUGAGGAGGCAGCGACGGAGAUACAUUGCGCGGACGGUGCUCCGCGUCAAGGAUAUCGGGCGCGUGCUCGACAGCGACUACGACAGCGAGUACUCUGAGACGGAGCGGCGGCCGGUCGUGGGAGGAGCGAGGAGCAGGGACCGCGCCGGACAUGACUGCAGGGGAGGGUGGAGAGGCAUGGACUGGACGCGAUAA